GUUCUUUAUCGUUCUUUAUUAAUCAUAACCAUUAAUUGAUAUAUUUUAUAUCACGUAUAUCAUACGGAAGUGUAAGUGACACCCCAGGGAUAUCGUAACGAACCGUGACUUUGCGGACUACCAAUAUAUUUGUCAUUACACUCGUAGUGUAUAACUGUGUGGCAUGUUUUAUAUCAAGAAAAAAUAUUAGCAAUAACUUCGACAAUCACUGAGGUGUUAAGGUGGACUGUUUGUUGGAUAACUAAUUAGUUAAUGACGUGCCAAUUACUGUCAUGUCGGACACAAAGGGAAACUUCACAAAUAUAGAGCUGACACAUCAGCACACCGAAACCGCCCAUAGCAAUGCACAUGGUCCCAGUUCGGGACCUUGGACAAAUUCCACCGACGCGUAUUCCAAAAAACUCAAUAGAACAAACUCAGGUGCUAAACGCCGAACAAAGGACAAAUCUUAUUGGGUGUUUGCUAUUUUAUGUCCUAUUGUAUUUGUAAUUGGUGUUGCAUUAGGAAUAAUUAUUGGUAGGUUUGCAAUCCAACGCCCCAUUCAAGUCACAGAAGAUGCCACCGAACCAGCUAUGUCAUUUAAAAUUACACAAACUUCAGUUUCACCGACAACUGCAUCAGAAAUUAAUCAGUGUGUAUGUCCAACUUUUCCACCAUUAGAAGUAAGUACGGAAAAGUCUACAGAUGAAUGCAGGAAGUGCCCAUCACGAAAUCCAGACUUAUCGUCUGGCGACGAAACAAGACACUCUCCAUUCGCGCCAUUAACUACUGAAGAAAUACAGCUGAGUAUAAAAGCCCUCGAGUUUCAAGGUAUUAUUGCAUCUAGAGGAAAUUCCCUUACACAAAACAGGGCAGCACAUGUAUUUCUACUUCCGGUUGAGAAGUCACGUGCUCUGGAGUAUCUUGACAAGAAUGGAACAUUUCCGGGAAGGUACGCUCAAGUGAAUGUUGUGCGUGGGGCAUUUACACCGCCGGAUAUCAUGGAAUACAAAGUUGGCCCUUUAAAUGAAACCCUAUCGAAUAUAACAGUAGAACAACUGCGAGAAGACGGAGAAGUUCAUUUUAACCGGCGUCCAUAUGACAUGAUAGAAUAUUUUGACAUUAUUGGAGUAGUGGCGAAAAAUAUAGCUUAUAUAAAAUCGUUGCUAAGCGAAAGUUUUGACGGUGCUUCAUUUCCUAGAACUGUUGGAAUACAAUUUGGACAAUUGCCGUCUGUAAACGAAAACGAUCGUUUGUCAACCGCAUUCUUAUAUCUCAAAAUGCGCGGUUAUUUAACAAUAAGAAUCCUGCCAGUGACUUGCAUUGUUCAUCAUCCGGGCACUAAUACAAGUCAGUGGUACGCCUCGGACUUUUAUUACGCAUCGCAAGGACCAUUCACGUCUUGGAAAGAAAUGCAAGACCGUUACAAUAAUGGGUCAGUACGAAAAGUGAAAUUUCCAAAGUCUUACUAUACAGAACACUACAAUGAGUAUGAUCUAAGUUUCAACACGUCUUUACCAAAGAGACCUCUAUCAAACUUGCCACCCCCUCGGACGUACGAACCAGAGGGGCCUCGGUACACAAUCAAAGGACAACAGGUGCACUGGAUGGACUGGCAACUAGAGUUUAGUUCCAGUCCAAUGCAUGGACCUGCAAUAUUUGACGUUAAGUUUAAAAAUAAAAGAAUUGCGUACGAAAUCUCUUUACAGGACAUUACGUUGAUAUAUUCUUCACAAACGAACGGUGCUGGGCCUCCUGUGUUGUCCGACACUUCAUUCUUACUGGGUAGUUACAAUGCCCCGAGAUUAGGGUUAGACUGUCCGGAACGUAGUUCUUUCCUUUAUGCAAGUAAAUUCUUUUACGGUUCUUGGAAGUCUAUGAAAGCCGCGUGCGUCUUUGAAGCAGAUGGACAGAAGCCUCUUUGGCGGUUUGGGUCACGUGGUCUAGCUGACCAUCACCUUAUAAUCCGUGCUUCAAUGAACCUUGGUAACUACGACUACACACUUGAAUGGAAAUUCUACCUCGGUGGAAAUUUAGAAACGCUACUUUCUGCUUCCGGUUAUCUGUACGGUGCAUUCUGGGACCCAGACGAUCCUUACUUAAACGGUGAAAAAAGUGCUACACCUUUUGGAUAUCGGAUAUCAGACUUCCAGAUAGGUCCUAUACACAAUCAUAAUUAUGUGUUCAAAGUAGAUCUUGAUAUUCUAGGAACAAACAAUAGUUUUCAAACUGUCAAUUGGCGUGCAGGUAGUACGCUCGAAGCCUUUCAAACGCGUGCAAACAUAUCAGUCAAACCAGGGUACUUCUACUUCAACAACACCCGUUACUUACGGCAGGAAUUUCUUCAAAAUGAAGACAGUUUUAUCUCUAAUCCUCUUAAACCUAAAUAUUUCACAGUGGUAAAUGAAAACGAACGUAAUUAUUGGGGAAAUAUACGCGGCUAUAGAAUUAUACCAUAUUCAAAAGCAACCGAAGUUCUUGAGGAACACAUUAUGUUAAACGUGUGGGAUGAUUUAAAAUAUAUGGUAGCAGUUACCAAACAGAGGGACAGUGAAAAGUAUGGAACAACAUCUUGGUAUGAUUUGACGCAUCCAAAUCAAGCAUUCAAAGGAAUAGGUCGUUUUUUAGAUAAUGAAACUGUACGGCACGAAGAUCUCGUGUUGUGGAUAAGUGAGAAAUUCUUUCACGCACCAUCUUCAGAGGAUUUGCCUAUGACGCUAUCUGUUCCAAAUGGUUUUAUGUUGAAACCUUACAAUUACUUUGACAGAAGUCCAGUAUUUGAUGUUCAAGCCCAUUACUCUAAAUACAAAAAUCCUUAUUUGAUACCUAAAUGUUACGAGAAUUUCAAAUAAAAUGUCUCAUUUUGUUA